UAAAUUCGAAGCAGAUUUUUGGGGGAGGGAGGAGUGUCUUUCCCAACUUCUGCUUUGCCAACAAACGGAAUCGUCUUCCUCCCUGAUGGACGGACAAAUCCUGCUGUAAACAGCCAGUGAUAGAAUAGGACUUACCACUUUUCAAGGAUCACAGCAAGGAUGGAGUCGUCAUGUCUGGACCUGGCCCUGGAAGGUGAACGACUCUGUAAGGCCGGCAAUUAUCGUGCUGGUGUGUCUUUCUUUGAGUCAGCCAUCCAGGUUGGAACCGAGGACCUCCAAAUCCUCAGCGCCAUCUACAGCCAGCUUGGCAACGCUUACUUUCACCUGCAGGAAUUUAACAAAGCCUUGGAGUACCACCGGCACGAUCUCACGCUUACAAGGACGAUUGGGGAUGAAGUUGGUGAGGCCAAAGCCAGCGGCAACCUUGGGAACACGUUAAAGCUUUUAGGAAGAUACAAUGAAGCGGUGGUUUGUUGCCAAAGACAUAUAGACAUCACAAGAGCUAUGUGUGAUAAGGUUGGGCAGGCCCGAGCACUAUAUAAUUUUGGGAACGUUUACCACGCCAAGGGCAAAAGCAUCUGUUGGUCGGGGACGGAGCCGGGAGAGUUUCCAGAGGAAGCCAGGAUAGCCCUGAGGAAAGCUGCACAGUACUAUGAAGCAAACCUGUGUCUUGUGAAGGAGUUGGGGGAUCGUGCAGCCCAGGGUCGCACUUAUGGGAACCUUGGUAACACCUAUUACCUACUGGGGGACUUUGAAACUGCUGUUGUAGCGCAUGAAAAGCGCCUACUCGUUGCUAAAGAGUUUGGGGACAAGUCUGCAGAGAGGAGGGCACACUGUAACCUUGGUAACGCUCACAUCUUCCUCAGCCAAUUUGAAGUGGCAGCAGGUCAUUACAAGAGGACUCUGCAGCUCGCCAGGCUUUUGAAGGACAAGGCGGUGGAGGCCCAGGCCUGUUACAGCCUGGGUAACACCUACACAUUACUUCAGGACUAUGAGAGAGCCAUAGAUUAUCACCUCAAACAUCUGGUCAUUGCUCAGGACCUCAACGACAGAAUUGGGGAAGGAAGGGCCUACUGGAGUCUAGGAAAUGCCCACACUGCCCUAGGGAACCACGAGCAAGCUAUGCACUUUGCUGAAAAACAUCUGGAAAUUGCCAAAGAAACAGAAGACAAAAGUGGUGAGGCGACGGCGCGGAUGAAUUUGUCUGACCUCCGGCUGGUUGUAGGCCUAAAGUCCAGCAUCUAUUCCAACAUCUUCAGCAAAACUAACAGCUCUGCCCUUUCAGUUAGCCAUCAGAGUUACCUCAGCAUGUCCGGAACAAAGUCUCCAUUAAAGAAGGAAGGUAGUGCAGAUCUAAGUCCAAAUUCAUCAUUAAGUCAGGACUGGGAGGAAGAUAAACUCUCCAGGUCAUCAAAAAAUAACACCAUCAAAGCUUCCACUAAACUUUUUCUUUUUCACCGACUAAAAAGUAAAAAACGGAAGAGCAACAAAUCUCCCAAAGAGCAGCAUGACAGUGCCUCAGACCUCUCAGUGCCUGAUUUGGACCCGCCAAAGUCUUCCAAGCAAGUGUCACAUGACACAAUUGGGGAGGAUAGCUUUUUCGACCUCCUCUCUCGUUUCCAGGGCAACCGAAUGGACGACCAAAGGUGCUCUCUUAUCGAUGGCUUGAACCAUCAGCCCGCCAGCUCCUCUCCCUCGUCCACCCCUGUUGUAGCUGAAAGGAAAUCUACACUGGACGGCGAAGCACCAUUGCAGGAUCCUGGUCAUUUCCUGGAGCUGCUGGCCAGCUCCCAGGCCCGUCGGCUGAACGACCAGCGAGUCAGCCUGAGCCAUUUUCCUGGCUUGAGACUCAGCACCUGCAACCUGCCCAGUACACCCUCCACCUCCUGCGAAAACCAAGCCCCCGUUCAAGCCCAUAUUUCGAAUCCAGGUCCAGCUCACAUACAAUCCCAGUACAACUGCAUGGAGCCCAGCAUUGAGCAGCCUGAGGGGGAUGAUGUCUUCUUUGACAUGCUCGUCAAGUGCCAGGGCUCCCGACUGAAUGACCAGAGGUGUGCUGCUCCACCUUCUGCCACACGAGGAAUGACUGUCCCAGAUGAUGAUAUCUUUAGUCUCAUCUUGCGUUCUCAGGCAAACAGGAUGGAAGAACAGCGGGUCCUGCCUCCAUCUGACGUCAUUCAGUCCAAACCGGACUGAUGGAAUAGAAGGAACUACUAUAUAUUGCAUUUUUUUUAAUUUUAGGAUUCAAACUGGAACUAUUAAUCUUUUUUUUUUUAACUAUUUUUUUAUAUACCUCACUCUUUAAUUGAGGAGUAAGACAAAAUAGUAAUUGUAUGGAUCAGGAAUAUGAAGCUUCCACGCUGGAAGUUGACCGGAAGAUUCACAUCAGUCAUAUUUGGUAGUGCUUCUCUGUUAUGCCAUUCACAAGGCCUACGAAGAAAAAAAUAUGAUGUACUUAACUGUACAAGAACAUCUUUGCCUUUUAAGUACAUUCUCUGCUUCCCCAGGUACAAAUCAUUCAGCAAAACGGUCUUGAUUUAUCCUUUGAAAGAAUGAACUCUUUCAGCAUGUACUGCACACAUAAUUGCCAACAUAUUUGAGAUGGUCUUGUUUGAAAUAAGACUGCUCACGAAGUAAAAGGAAAAUAUGUUUAGAAUGUUACACCAUAAAAAAAUUAAAUAAUUACAUGCUGA